AUGAUCCCUUGGCUGUACGACCUGGUGCUGUGGUUCUUCACCUGGGGGUUGGAUCUCUUCUUCCGAGAGAUUUACCCUCGUGGAGCAUGGAGAAUCCCUGAAAAGGGUCCUGUGCUGAUUGUCGCUGCGCCUCAUGCCAACCAAUUCGUUGAUUCGGCCAUUUUGAUGCACCUACUCAAAUCGCAGGCCAAGCGACGCGUGUCCUUUCUGAUCGCUCAGAAAUCGCUAAACGAGCCCUACAUCGGGACGCUGGCAGCAUGCAUGGGAACUCUGCCCGUUGUUCGGGCCAUGGAUUUGGCCAAGCCCGGCAAAGGCACCAUCUACCAGCCCGAGCCGGGCAAUGACCCCGCGCUCAUCCACGGGGUGGGCACCGAUUUCUCACAAUCGGAGUUUAUGCCAAGCGGGUCUCUGACCGUCAAGGGUCCCGAUGGACCUGAGUCUGCAUCAAUCGAAGAGAUCAUCGGGCCGACCACGCUUCGGCUGAAAAAGCCAUUCGAUUCUCCGGUCUCGGAUGACCCGGGUCGCAAAGGCACGAUCUUCAAAAUUGCACCCCAUGUCGACCAAGGUCAGAUGUUCGAUGCUGUUUACAAGGAGCUUUCCCAGGGUGGCUGUAUCGGUGUCUUCCCCGAGGGAGGUAGUCAUGAUCGCUCGAACCUGUUGCCUCUCAAGGCUGGUGCCGCAUUGAUGUCGCUGGGAGCUCUGGCCCAUGAUCCCGACUGCGGGCUCUCCAUCGUCCCAUGCGGCAUGAACUACUUCCAUGCGCACAAAUUCCGCUCCAGGGGCGUGAUUGAAUUCGGCCGCCCGAUUCACGUGCAUCCCGAUCAAGUCGAGGCCUUCAAGGCUGGGGGCAAUAGCAAACGGAAUGCCGUAGGCUCCUUGCUUGAAACCAUUUACGAUGGCCUCGAGGCAGUUACACAGAUCAGCCCGGAUCACGAGACACUGAUCCUGGUUCAGUCGACCAGGAAGCUUUACAAUCCUAUCAGCAAGAAGAUUCCGUUACCUCUGGUGAUCGAAUUCAACCGACGAUUGCUCAAGGGCUACACUCGACAUCGUGAAGAUCCCCGCAUUCAGGGCCUCAAAAAGGCUGUCACGGAGUACAAUAGGCGCUUGGAGUCGCUGGGAAUCAAGGACCACCAAGUGGAAUGGGGCAAUGUAGAAGAGAAGCCAUGGUGGCUGACCCUCAUUAUCUUGAUCUACCGCCUAUGCAAACUGCUUGUUCUCAGCGUAGGCACACUGCCGGGCGUUCUGCUCUUCUGGCCUGUGUUUGUGACCACCAAGGUGAUUUCAGAAAAGAAACGACGCCAUGCACUCGCAGCUUCGGUCGUGAAACUGCAAGGACACGACGUGAUGAGUACCUGGAAGAUUCUUGUGGCCAUGGGGCUGGCACCGGCCCUUUAUGCCUACUACACCGUUAUCGUGACCGCGUGGCUCCGGUACAACCGCCAUGAGGGCCAUUACACGCACUCAUUACCUUGGUGGAUGGUGGCCAGAACCUACGUAUCUGAUGCCAUUCCAUUGUGGGCCUUUGCCGUCAGCUUUUUUGGGCUCAUGAUUUCGGUCAGCUUUGCAGCGCUGCGGUUUGGUGAGAUUGGAAUGGAUAUCGUCAAAUCUCUCCCGCCGCUUCUUGUGGCACUGAACCCAUGGUCCUCUUCGUAUCUGAUCGACCUUCGAGUGCACCGCGAAGCGCUCUCGGAACGGGUCACGGAGACAAUCAAUGAUCUCGGAUUCGGGAUUCUGCCUGAUGUUGACGCGGAAAUCCCCACUGAUCCGUACACACCAGAUGCUUACCAGUCCCGGCUCAAGAGCAUGCCACCAAGUGAACCAGAAAGCCGGGAUCGGAGUCGCAGCCGGUCGAAUGGCCCGCCUGGCGAGGAUCGUCUUAAGGGUCUCACCUCAAUUUCUUCAGCUGGUGACUUGGAGGAAAUGAGUCAGAAAAUCCACACGCGCAAAGGAAGAGGGAGGCGAUCCCAAACGAUCACUGGAUACGAGACAGGAGAAUCGAUUCUCAAAUACCAACCCUCUGCAACAGAUAAUGACAAGAAAGAGCGGUGA